AUGCCUGCCACCAAAGUUGCCGUGACGAAGUUGACGAUCCGCAGAGAGGGCAAGAUGGUGCCCCUCAGGUCGACCAUCGAGAUCACGACCAGGACUGUGCGCAAGCCGAUCGAGUCGCUGCCAAUGGUGGAAGAUGUGGCGGCCGCAAUCUUCCGUUGGGAGGAAGAGAACCAGAAGGGCCUGGCAAAGUUGGCCGUACUCACCCGGUCAGCUUGUCAACGUGGCCAGUGA